UAGGUCGGUCCAUCUCAACACAAACGAGAAGCCUCCCAGUUGUCUCCCUGCUCUCCAACUGAUGGUGUUUCAUAACUGGAACAAGGAGCCCAAUAAUAUACCAGGAGGUACCUCGCUGAGUUAGUCAACUAUGAGCUGCUAGUAUAAGGGCCUCGCCAUGGACCUUAACAAAGUAGCUUUUCUCCUGGGAGCCCUGCUCUGCACUGUUAGUGGUACUGAGGUGGAUGGAUACUCCAAAACUGAAGGAGCAUGGAUCCUCUCGCUGAAAAGACAACAGUACAGCGCAAACACCGCAGCUGAGUGUGCCAUCAAAUGUGAUGCUGAAAUAACCUUCACAUGCAAGUCUUUCAUAUAUAUUGAAAAGGACCAAGAAUGUUGGACAGCAGGAGCAAACUCUAAAACAGAAACUAUCCUGCGCAGAAGCAGCACAGCUUUAUAUGAAAAAAAUGGAUACCUCCUGGAGUGUGUAAAUGGAAUAGGAACAGAUUACAGUGGAACAAAGACCAAAACGAAAUCCGGAAAGAUAUGUCAGAGAUGGAUGGCAAAAUACCCACACAGGCCCAACAUCACACCACAGACCAAUCCUCUAGCAGGCCUGGAGUCUAACUUCUGCAGAAACCCAGAUGGAGACAGUGGGGGACCCUGGUGUUACACCACCGACCCCAACACCCGCUGGGAACACUGCGAAGUAUCGAGCUGCACUGAGGAGUGUAUACACUGCAGUGGUGAGAACUACAGAGGGAAAAUCUCCACUACAGAAAAAGGCUUCACCUGCCAACGCUGGGACUCCCAGAAACCUCACAACCAUGGCUACAACCCCAGCGCACUUCCAGGGAAGUACCUGGAGGAGAACUACUGCAGAAACCCAGAUGGAGACCCCCGACCAUGGUGCUUCACCACCAGCCCAUCCAAACGAUGGGACUUCUGUUCCAUACCCCGCUGCACGUCCGAGCCUCCUACCAUCAUCCCAGAGAUCACCUGUACCACCAGUGAAGGUGGAUCGUAUCGAGGCACGAUGGCUGUGACAGAGUCUGGCAAAACCUGCCAGAGGUGGUCGGCACAGACACCGCAUAAACACAACCGCACGCCAGACAACUACCCCUGCAAAGGCCUAGAUAACAACUACUGUCGUAACCCCGACAAUGAGAGGAUGCCCUGGUGUUACACAACUGACAGCGAAACUCGCUGGGAGUACUGCAGAGUGCCGACCUGUGAGAAUGGAGCUGGACCAGACGAGCCCGUGAUCCCCCCAGAGGAGGAUGACUGUUACCUGGGGGACGGGACGAGUUACCGUGGCAUAACAUCAGAGACGAUCAGUGGAAAAAGAUGUCAAAACUGGAACUUGAUGACUCCUCACAGCCACAACAAAACUCCUCAGAACUUGCCGGCAGCGGACCUCAGGAGGAAUCUGUGCAGGAACCCUGAUGGAGACCGAGCUCCCUGGUGUUAUACCACAGACCCCAGAGUUCGCUGGGAGUACUGCAACCUGGAGAAAUGUGGCACAAAUCCUACGGAGGCAUCACCCACCAGACCAUCUAAACCCCAGUCCCCCCAGUCCCCCCAGUCCCCCGAGUCCACCGCUGCCACCCAGACCACACCGCAGGAAGACUGUAAGAUUGGAAAUGGAGAAACAUACCGGGGUCCAACCUCCAUCACCAUUCUGGGCGUGACCUGCCAGGCUUGGAGUGCUCAGACCCCUCACCAACACAACAGUUUCACUCCACAGUCGCACCCCACCAAGGGUCUGGAUGGCAAUAGCUGCAGAAACCCAGAUAACGACGUUAACGGGCCGUGGUGCUACACUACUGACAGGAACAAGAAGUGGGACUACUGUCAGAUCCCCGACUGUGCUGGACUUAAGUGUGGCACGCCAGUCACCAAACCAAAGCGUUGCUUUGGACGUAUUGUGGGAGGCUGCGUGUCUAAACCUUACUCAUGGCCCUGGCAAAUCAGCCUCCGAACCAAUACGGGGAUUCAUUUCUGUGGAGGAACUCUGGUUCACCCUCAGUGGGUCCUUACUGCCGCACACUGCCUGGAGAGGUCCAAACGACCUUCAGCCUACAAGGUGCUCCUGGGGAUCCACACAGAGAGAGCCAGCGAGCCGUCCAAACAAGAGAGGAACCUGGAGAAACUGGUGUUAGGACCCAACGGAGCCGACAUCGCUCUGCUCAAACUGCAGACCCCUGUACUAAUAAAUGACAAAGUGCUACCAGCUUGUCUGCCAGAGAAAGACUACACUGUUCCCAGUGGAACCGAGUGUUACGUUACCGGAUGGGGUGAAACUCAAGGUACGGGAGGUGACGGCCUCCUGAAGGAAACCGGUUUCCCUGUGAUCGAGAACAAGGUCUGUAAUCGUCCAUCCUACCUGAACGGCAGAGUGAAAGACCACGAGAUGUGUGCUGGAAACAUCGAGGGAGGAACAGACAGCUGCCAGGGUGACAGCGGCGGUCCUCUGGUGUGUAAUACCCAGCAGGGGUUUGUCCUACAGGGUGUGACAUCAUGGGGUCUGGGAUGUGCCAACGCCAUGAAACCCGGCGUCUAUGCUCGAGUCUCCAAGUUUAUCGACUGGAUUGACACAACAAUCAAAGCCAAUUAAAAACUAUCCACCUUUAACAAAUAA